AUGAACACAGUAGAACAGCAAAUAUGGAGGGAAAGAGUCAACAAGGAGCUUGGCGCUUCUUAAAAGUAAUGUCAUAAGAUUAUAUAACAAGUUAAUGAUAGAUUCCAAAAAGUAGGAGUGCUGAAUGCAGAGACGACACAGCUAUGCAAUAAUUAUUCAGUCAUGAGGCCUUAUGUCAAAGAUAAUUCCUCUCCUCAGCAGCUGAAGAAAAGAGGGUUUUACAUGGUUGACUCAAGUUAUACUAUUCCUUGCAAUCCCAAUUCAAUGAGAGAUCAUGGGCCAUUAAGAAAUGCAGAGUAUGUCAUUUAGGAUCCAGCAGAGGAAGAAUUCUUGAGAAAAUCUCAAUAGUCAUUCAGAAACACAGGAUCAUUCUCAAUGGUCAAUAUAAACCCAAGAGAGGUAGAUAAGAUGAGGGAUACUUUAAAUUCGAGAUGUGGCCAUAUGAGACCUAUAUCGUCUUAUGGGGGUAAUCCAGCUAUGAUGAACGGAACACACACAAAUAGCUUUUUCUCAAGUAUCUCUAAGUAGUCAUUCAACAGGCCUCCAAACAUCAUAAACAAAGUAGAAGUGGUGAGAGUAAAUGAUUAUACCAAAAACAUAUCAAGUUCAAUCUUCACCCCUUCACUAAGAGACACUAACUAUGGCAGAAAGCAGGAGAAAAGAUAGCAAAAUGCUCAUGAGUACCUUUCACCUCAGAAGAAUCAUUACUAAAUGAAAAGAAGCAGCUCUCAACUUUCAGGUAUUAAAUUAGACUAAGACAAAAGAAGAAAAAUUAAUGCUUCAACCCUUCAAGCAUAGAUACAGCAAGAGAAAAAGGUAAGGACAUUUUUUAAAAUGUAAAAUGUAUUAUAGAGAAGAGAAAUGCUUGAAAUGGAGGUAAGGAGUUUAAAGGAUCAGAUGUCCACCAUCUAUACAAUGGCUAGUUCCUCUAAAAUUUAAAAAUGA